AUGUUGACUCCGAUUAUACUCGUGGCUGGUGCCCUCGCCGCCAACUCCGUCACGGCGAAGCGGUCGCUCAGGGCUGCCCGCGACGCGGAGAGCUUGCUCAGCGCGCCCGCCGCUAGUAGCUGCAGUUCGUCCCUCCCUGCGUCCUGCCAAAAUACCACCGCAGAGACGGACCUCUGCUGCUUCGAGGGUCUGGGUCUGAUUCAACAGGUCCAGUUUUGGGACACCGAUCCGGUCACGGGCCCUUCGGACAGCUGGACGAUCCAUGGUCUCUGGCCAAACGACUGCGAUGGUAACUACCCCGAGAACUGCGACUCCUCGCGUGAUUACACGGACAUCACCUCGCUGCUUCAAAACCAGGGUGCAAGCGACACCCUGGACUACAUGAACACGUACUGGCUCAGCGAUGACGAAUCCAACGAGAAGUUCUGGGAGCACGAAUGGGACACACAUGGCACGUGCUACACCACCCUGGAGAGUUCCUGCUUCAGCGACUAUGAAACGGGCCAGGACGCGGUGACGUUCUUCACGACGGUCGUCACCCUCUUCAAGACGCUCCCGACGUACACCUGGCUCUCCAAUGCGGGCAUCACGCCCUCAAGCAGCAAGACCUACACGCUCAAGGAGCUCCAGGCGGCCGUCCAGAGUGCUGCCGGCGUGACCGCCUCGUUUGACUGCGAUGACAACGAGCUCUACCAAAUCGAGUACUGGUUCAACGCCCAGGGACCCGUCUCCGGCGGUGACUUCGUCGCCAUUGAUGCCUUCGAGGCCGGCUCGUGCAAGUCGAGCGGCAUCAAGUACCUCCCGAAGGACGAAGACGAUGCCUCGCGGAAGCGCUCGCAGAUUCGGAAGCGCAAGGCGAGCAGGGAGACGAGGCGCCGCCGCUCGGUCAAGAAGAUCGCCGACGAGGUUUGA